CGCAAGUGCGUGCGCGAUUUUAUUAUAUUAAAGAUCAUUUUACAACUCUUUGCAGGCACAUAGUAUAAUAUAUGUGCCAUCUAAAAGUUUAAAUCAAAAUGAUAGGUUCUGAAUCAUUUACUAAGAAAACACGUCAAUUAUCAGUUAUACCAGGAACAAAACCAUCUGUACAAAAUGCACAAUUGCUUGUGUCUACUGGAAUUCCUUCACUUGACUUUAUUUUAGGCGGAGGUCAAGCUGUUGGAACUCUGCUGCUGAUAGAAGAAGACAACUUCAAUGAAUAUGCCAAUAUUGUACUCAAAUACUUUUUAGCUGAAGGUGCUGUUUCUGGUCAUUCACUAUUUUUCGGAAGCCUUGAGGGUAAUACCGAGUCCCUUUUGGAUGAGCUACCUGCACCAGUUUCACUGUCAGAUCAAGGAGUUAAAAACACACAAAAUGAUAUUGCAGAUUCAUUAAAAAUUGCUUGGAGAUAUGAAAAUAAAAAUCCUAUAAAUACAGAGUUGGAAAAUAGAAAUGUAUUUGGUCAUAACUUCGACUUGAGUAAAAUUAUUGAUGCAAACAUAUUAUCUAAAAUUAAUAUAUGUUAUUGGAAUGAACAUCAAAAUUUGCACAAUGAAUGUAAUUCAUAUUAUGAGAAUUUACUUUUGAAGCUUGCUAAUGAAAUUGAUAACAAUAACUUUGCUACACAAUCCAAUAUCAAACUUGCUGAUAGAAAUAUUUUGAGAGUUGCAAUUCAAUCUCUAGCAUCGCCUUUCUGGAAAAAUAAUUCUGAAUGUACAAGUUUCCACAAUUUCUGUACUUUUUUGUACAAGUUCAAGGCUUUAAUAAGAUCUGCUUUUGCUGUUGCGAUUGUAUCUGUUCCUGCGCAUAUCAUGAGAGAUCAAAAUAUUUUGAAAUUGCAUCAUAUAGCUGAUAUAUGUGUUGGUCUUGAAUCAUUUACUGGCAGUGAAAGGGCUACAAAUCCUUUGUUCAAGGAAUAUAAUGGCUUAUUUCAUGUAUAUAAAGUAGCAUCUAUUAACUCAUUGGCCCCAUCAUCUCUGCAUUAUAAGGAUCUUGCUUUCAAGUUGCGCAGGAAAAAGUUUUGUAUUGAAAAAUUACAUUUACCACCAGAACUGCAAGAAUCAUCUGAAAGGGAACAAGAUGAUUUAGCAAUUCCAUCUUGUGGCACUAAAAAUCAUCUAUUAGAAUUUUAAUGUUAUAUUUUAUACUGAUUUAUAUUAAAAAGGAAAUGAAAUGCAAGCAUUGAAAUAUAUUUAUGCUUAUCUAUCCCCUUACCUUUUUCUUGUAUAAAUCAAAGUCGAGAGGUAUG